AUGAGGCAUAUACCAAGUGGUUUAGAGCAGUGGUUAUAUAUUAAACUACUAAGAAGUGCUAAAUUCCAUUCCUUCGUGAGAUCGAUAUACUGUAAAGUGAAUCGGAUACAGGUGAAUAACCCAAAUGCGGUCUCACAAUCUAAUUUUAUAUUCCAACCUACGGCUACACACAAAUUUAAUGCAUUCUGUCUUUUAUUUUGGGAUGAACUCAAAAAUAGCAUUGGGCUGAAGCGUACAUUUAAUGACCAUUUCAGGCAUUAA